AUGCUCAUGUUCCUCAGCGACGCAGCAGGGGUGGCGGCCACACUGGACCGACUCAUCAAGGGGCACCACGAGUCUGACGCCCUGUUAGCCUACCAGGUCGCCUUUGACCUGUUUGAGAAUGAGUUUCAGCAGUUCCUGCUGUUGGUGAGGGAUGCUCUGCCUGACCCGCCGCCCCCGCUUGCGCCUACCCCUGCUGUUCCGGCUUCUGCUGAUGCUGAUGCCGCUGCUGCUGCUGCUGCUCCGGAGGCGGAUGGUGCUGCUUCUGCUGCGGCUGCUCCUGCAGCAGCUGAUUCUGAGGCAGCGGCGGCUGGUGGUGAGGCUGCUGCAACAGGCGCCGCAGCAGCAGAGGGAGGCAGUGCUGCUGAUGCUACUGAUGCGGCUGCAGCAAUGGAGACCGAGGAAGGGAAGGAGGGAGAAGGAGCAGCAAAGGCAGAAGGGGGAGAGGUUGCAGAUGCUGAGGAAGGGAAACCAGGUGAAGACGGGGCACCCAAGCCUGCUGCCGAGGCUGACGGGACAACCACCAUGGACACGGCCGAGGCAGCUGGUUCGGCCGAAGCUGCAGGUUCAGGGGAGGGCGAGGCGGCUGCCGAGGCUGCCCCGAGCGAGGAGGUGGUGUAUGCAGAGCGACUUGCGAAGCUGAAGGGGAUUCUGACGGGGGAGACUCCUAUUGGCCUGACCCUGCAGUUCCUGUACAGCCACAACAAGGCGGACUUGGGAGUGUUGAAGGCGAUCAAGCAGGUGGUGGAGACGCGCAACAGCGUGUGUCACAGCGCCACCAUUGUGGCCAACGCAUUCAUGCAUGCGGGCACGACUGUCGACACCUUCCUCAGAGACAACCUGGACUGGCUGAGCCGAGCAACCAAUUGGGCGAAAUUCAGUGCAACAACCGGGCUGGGGGUGAUUCACAGGGGGCACCUGCAGCAGGGGCGCUCCCUCAUGGCUCCCUACCUGCCCCUCAACUCUCUCUCCUUGUCCCAUCUCUUGCAAACCCAAACCCCGAACCCUCAGGACUGGCUCAGCCGAGCAACCAAUUGGGCGAAAUUCAGUGCAACAGCCGGGCUGGGGGUGAUACACAGGGGGCACCUGCAGCAGGGGCGCUCCCUCAUGGCGCCCUACCUGCCCCACGGGGCUGGGGGCGGCGCAGGGGCAGCAGGGGGAGCCGGGGGCCUGAGUGGGAGUGCGUUUUCGGAGGGCGGGGCGCUGUAUGCUCUGGGGCUUAUUCAUGCCAACCACGGGGAGAGCAUCAAGGGGUUUCUGCUGGAGAGCCUCCGCAACACCAGCAAUGAGACUAUCCAGCACGGCGCGUGCCUGGGAGUGGGGCUGGCGGGCAUGGGCACCGGAGACGAGGAGGUGUAUGAGGACGUGAAGAGCGUACUCUACACUGACAGCGCCGUGGCGGGCGAGGCGGCGGGGAUCGCGAUGGGGCUGCUGCUGGUUGGGUCGGCGAGCGAGCGGGCGGCGGAGAUGCUGGCUUAUGCCCAUGACACGCAGCAUGAGAAGAUCAUCAGAGGCCUGGCGGUGGGGAUUUCCCUGGUGGUGUACGGGCGGGAGGAGGAGGCCGAUAUCCUCAUCCAGCAAAUGACGACGGACGCCGACCCGAUCCUGCGCUACGGGGGCAUGUACGCCAUCGCCAUGGCCUACCGCGGCACCGCCAACAACGGCGCCAUUCGGCAGCUUCUGCACUUUGCCGUCAGUGACGUCAGCGAUGACGUCAGGCGCGCUGCCGUGCUGUGCCUGGGCUUCGUGCUGUGUGGGGAGCCGGAUCAGGUUCCCCGCAUGGUCUCCCUGCUCGCCGAGUCCUUCAACCCGCACGUGCGCUACGGGGCAGCCAUGGCGGUCGGCAUUGCCUGCGCCGGCACGGCGCAGCGUAGCGCCCUGGACCUGCUGGAGCCACUCACAUCAGACGGGGUGGACUUUGUGCGGCAGGGCGCCUUAAUUGCCACGGCCAUGGUGCUCAUGCAGUGCUCCCAAGAACGCGAGCCGCGCGUGGUGACCUUCAGGCGCCAGCUUGAGAAAGCGAUUCACGACAAGCACGAGGACACCAUAUGCAAGAUGGGCGCCAUUCUCGCCUCGGGAAUCCUCGACGCGGGCGGGCGCAACGUCACCAUCUCCCUCCGCUCCCGCUCCGGUUACGACCGCGUAACCGCCGUCAUUGGCAUGGCACUUUUCACGCAGUACUGGUACUGGUUCCCGCUCCUGCACUUCCUCUCUCUCUCCUUCUCGGCAACGGCCCUCGUCGGGCUUCAAGGGGAUCUCAAGGCGCCGAAAUUCGAUUUUGUUUCGGAGUGCCGGCCGGGGUUGUUUGCGUACCCGCCGCCUGCGGUGGUGGCGAGUAGCAGCGCUGCUGUGAAGGCGCCGGUUGCGGUGCUGUCGACGGCUGCGAGGGCGAAGGGGAGGGCGAAGGAGAAGGAGGAGAAGAAGGAGAAGGAGGAGAAGGAGGAGGAGGAGAAGAAGGAGGGGGGAGAGGGGAAGGCCGGGGAGGGCGGGGUUGCAGCAGCGAUGGAUGGAGUGAAGGGGGGCGAGGAGGAGGGAGGGAAGAAGGGAGAGGAGAAGAAGGAAGGAGAUGCCAUGGAGGUUGAGGGUUCUGAUGCCACUGCUGGUGCGGCUGCUGAAGCCAAAAAGCCGGCUGAACCAACGUCUGAAAUCCUCCACAAUCCUGCCCGAGUGCUGCCCGCACAAGAAAAAUACAUCAAGUUCCCGGACACCUGCCGCUAUGCACCAAUCAGGAAGCCGACCUCCGGGUUUUUGCUCCUCAAGGAUCGCCAGCCCGGGCAGCCCGAAGAAUUCGCGCUGACCGACGGGCCGAAUGCUGCUGCGGCUGGAAAUUCCGGUGCUGCCCGGACUGCCGCUGCUGCUGCCCCAGCUGCUGCUGCUGCUCCUGUGGGAGCGUUCAGGAGGAGUGGGGGAGGAGCGGGGGGGAGGGGGAGAGGGGGGGGUGCGCCCCCUCCCCCACCUCCUCCUGCUGAUGAUGAUGAAGAUGAUGAUGAGCCUGCUCCUCCUGAGGCCUUUGAUUUCCGUUAA